AUGUUUAGUAGCUCAGUUCGUCGAUCAUAUCCACUCAAUCUCAUUGCGUUGGGUGUUUUCACACUGGCCGCCGGUUAUAUGACCAUGGCCGUAACAUCAUCGUACAAUGUACAGUCGGUAUUGCUGGCAUUGUGUAUCACCACAUGUUCAUCGGCUGCUAUAAUCGUUUUCCCUAUGUUUAUAAAAAAGGAUCUCACCAGAGUGCUCUAUUUCCAGCAUGAUUGGUAUAACCUACGUGUUCGGCACAACGCUGUUGUUCUUCGGCCUCACAGCGAUGAUCGCUUGCUUGCUUUCAACGUCACAUUCCUCUACACCGUGUAUGCAGCUCUGGGAGCACUUCUAUCAAUGCUCUAUUUAGCGAUCGACACUCAGCUGUUAAUGGGUGGACGGGAGCUUGAGGUUUCUCCUGAAGAAUACAUAUUUGGCGCAAUGCAAUUAUUCCUCGAUAUUCUCAACAUUUUCUUGUUCGUCCUCCAGAUUGUCAGAAUUAUAUGUAUUUGUACCGGUAACUGA